GUAGAUUUCGAUUGGAGAAUGAAUGAACCUGCCGCAGACUCGGAGCGGCGGAAUGCGGCGCCACAACUCCCUCUUAAUGGCAAUGCUCGUGGGAGAAGCUUGAUGGCUGGUACACCGAAGGCAGGUCAUCAAUCCAUGGCCAUGGAGCAGCAUGCAGUGGACACGACAACAUUGACGUUCACACGUGGCGCAGCUGAAUCGACAUCAGGACACGAGGACUUGAGCGACGUGUACUUUCUUGUGGCAGACUUUCUCCGACGAGCGACGCCAUGCUCCAGAGCGGCUUCUGUGCUGGAAGAGGAGCUGCAUGCUUUGGGACUUUUGCGUACGGCAGUGAAUUGGCAAGGAGACGAACGACGUGCGACCUACGCGGACGUGCAUCUACGUCACCGCAACCUCCCUGCAACCCAGCUCGUGUCGCUUCUGCGUCGCAGCACAGCUGGAAAAGCUGACGGGUUGAUGCGUCGCCAAGAAGUGGAGGCAUCCACGAGCGAAGAACGCCGCAGUGCCUUGGACACGCUGAUCCAUUUGUGGCGCAACAUACGAACGAACGAGCGCAAAGUCCACAACAUCACGUUGUUGCUGGAGAAAAUCAACCUCCGCAAGCGACACAUGUCUGAGCCGGACGAAGUGGACCUUGUGGCGGAGCAUCGAGGGGCGAAGCAGUUGGUGGACUUGAAAACUCAACUCGACCGCGACAUGCACACAAGUCGGUCGGUGUGGCGCCGAGUGGAGGCAUGGGGCUUAACGCAUGCGAUUACCACUGUCACCCCCACGACCAACUACUUUCGCCACUUGCGCCAACGAAGCGUCGUGGGCCAGUCCCAUCAUUACCCCCAUCCUCGGUCGCUGCAUCCAUUGCAGUCGACGCCGCCCAAGUUUGUCUACAGUCGCUAUCGCAAACUCAAGUCGUUGAGCGGGCACUUGCAAAUUCCCGUGUUUUGCGUCACGUAUGACAAGACUGGCAAGUACAUCAUCACGGGGGCGGAUGACCGCCUCGUCAAGAUCUGGUCGGCGCUCACUGGGGAGCUGCUGUACACGCUGCAUGGGCACGUGGGCAACAUCACUGACAUGGACGUGCAUCCGUCCAACGGACUGCUCGUGACCUCGUCCGACGACAAGACGGCCAGAGUGUGGGAGAUCUCGACGGGUUUUUCGAUCGCCGUCUUGGUCGGCCACACAAGCGACGUCAACACGAGUCGGUUUCAUCCGGUGCAAAAUGUCGUCGUGAGCGCGUCGGAUGACGGCACGUGCUGCAUGUUUCGCCUUCCUGCCGUCGUCGCCGGUCCGUCGUCGGGCGGGUCGGAGUCGAAGACAGAGACUGUCCAGCGCCUCUUCAAACAACAAGCGUACUGCCGGAACAUCAAACCAUUCGUCGUGCUCAACCACACCAACGCCGCGCGACUGAACCGAUCGAGUAAAGUCGUGUCGCUCGCCUUCAGUCCCCGAGGCGACUUUGUGGCGACGGGCAGCCAAGACGGCAUGGGGCGUGUAUGGAGCAUUGAAGAGUUUAUAGCGGAAUCCACUCCCCCUGAUGUUCCAGAGGCGACGACGGUCGACGAAGUGGACGCAGUCGUCAACUCGAUCCCGCACCAGGUUCAAGUGUCCACGGCCAACUUUGUUGUCCAGCAACGUGUGGUGGCAGCCCCGGACGUCCCUGGUGCCGCGAAUCCGCACUGGGCCAACAGCGUUGUCGUGUCCAACCCGAUUGCCGUCAUGAACGGCCACACGCAAUCCAUCACGACGCUCUUGUUCAACAGACGCGGGGACGCUAUCGCCACGGCAUCCAUGAAGGAUGGCACUUCGCGGUUGUGGAAAUGGUCCAAGAAGUUUGGCAAAGUCAGCCACACAAUCUUGCACGGCCCCGAGAUGCUGCUGGCGACUCGCCGCACGUCGUCCGAGCUGUCAACGGACCAACUGAUUUGGACGUCGGACGAUUCCACGCUCGUGACCUUGCACAGCCGCAAACCCGAAGUGACGGGCAAGUGGUGCCAGGCCCUCCGCGUGUGGGACCCCGUCGCAUGCAAACCCAUCCGGACGCUGUCGCAUGAGACCCUCGGUCACGCGAACGCCGUGUUUGCCAUGGACAGCCAUCCCACGGACGCGCGUAUCUUGCUCACGGCGGGAUACGACGGCCGCAUUGUCAUUUGGGACAUUCAAGUCGGCCGCAUCUUGCGCUCGUUCCAAAACUGGGAGUCGCCCAUCAACACGGACGGCUGUGCGAUCCUGGACGUGAGCUUCUCUCCCUCCGGUGACGAGUUCGCGGCCACAGAUCGCGCGGGUCGGCUCAUGCUGUUCGGCACGGGACCGGGCGACGCUUUCCAAGGCACCCCCACGGAGCAGUACUUUUCCAACGACUACGCGCCCAUCGAUCUCGACAUCCAUUUGAAUGUGGUGGACCGCGAAACCCAAGUCCAACCGCAGUUACUCCCUCGCUCGGUGCUCAUGGACAUGGGGCGCAACGUGUAUCCCCACCAACCGCUGCAUCUCAUGCAGCCGCUAAGCCCUCGCGAGUACCAGACCAACGUCGACCUCCGUCGAAAGCACACGAUUAGCACCCCAUACUUCAACAGUAUCGUGGACCAAGACGCAACCGAGCCGUUUGUGGACGCGAAUUUCGUCGACGAACAACCGGCCAAGCCGCUAGUUCAUCAUCGGGCAACAGCCCCCGUGCACGCGUAUCGGUUGAACGGUGACGCGGUCAAGGCGUCCGAGCUCCGUCGCCGCCGCCAACAAAGACCGGCAGAGGACCCGACUGACCGCGACACGUCCGUGUUGAACGACGUGUUGCCGUCCAGCGAAGACGACGACGAGGAUUUUCAAGUGAACGAGGCAGCUCAGGUGGAAGACGACGACGACGACGAGGACGAAGACAUGGACGAGGAUGACGACGCUGGCAGCGAGGACGAGUUGGACGGCGACGUCGUGUUGAACGGAAGUGACUCGCGUGCCCUGCGCAGCCAGCGACGAGCUCGUCAAAGCGAAGAUGAAGACGACGUUCGACCACCCACAAGGAGACGCCGCCGACUUGUCGCCCGGGCUCAAGCGAAUGUAGUCGAAGAAACCAAAGACGACCCAUCGGAACCAUCGCCACUCCCGUCGGACGAGAAUGAUGCUGCUCCUGCUGGUGGUGCCGUGGACGAUUAUCGCGAAAACGACUACUUGGUCGUCGAGUCCUCCGAAGGCGUCACCGUGUCGGGCAACUUGCGCGACAAGUUUGACGAGACCAAGCCGUACUCUCAAAUGUUUGCGCAAAAGUCGUCGAUUGUGUGUGGGUUUUGCGGUCGCGGCGACCAGGGCGGCAUGUUCGCCCUGCCCGGAGCGCUCAUGGGGGACUUUGCACUCGUCAACGGAGCCCAGCGCGUGUUUGUGCACGACCAGUGCGCCAUCAGCUCCCCGCUGAGCUUCUUCCACGACGGAUCGUGGUACAACGUGGCCAAGGAAUUGCGCCGCGGACGACUGCUCAAGUGCUUCCACUGUGGCCAAAAGGGCGCGACCAUCGGAUGCAACACCGAGUCGUGCAAGGUGACGAUUCACUUGCCCUGUGGGAUGGUGCAAGGCUACAACGUGGACCACGUCCAGUACUUCUGCAAAACCCACGCCGCCAAGUCGGCCGCGUCCCACAACCACCAUCCGUCGUCGAUCUCGCCCGAGAGUUUUAUCCGGCGGAUGGGGCACCAGUACGACCGUCUGUACUGCCAGCAAAGUGUUGUCUCGCACGAGUUGGCACUCAUUCCCCAAGUUGGCGACACGCUCGUGUAUUGCCCGCAAGGCCAUGCCGUGUUUCUACGGAGCUUUCCAUCCAAGUUCCAAGCUGCGUUCAGGCGCCUGCCCCGGCCGUUUGCCGUGCUGCAGUGCCACGUCGUGGACAUUCAGUUUGAUUUCCCUCGAGUAGAACUGUACCCCCAGCAGAACCGCAUCGUCAUGCAGUUGGUCCUCGAGGUCACGGGAUUGCCCGACGUGUAUUUUCAAGACGAGCAACACUGUGACGUGUUGGCUUUCGGUUCGUUUGUGCCUGUCAACAGGUCGUUUGUCCAGGACGAGGCCGAGACUCGACCCAAGUGGCGCUUUCACCUGCAACAUCAGCCAUCCGAAUGCGCCGAGUUUCUCUUGCUCGAGCAAAAGUACCUCAGCGGGUUCCAACUGCCGCGGUGGGCGGUGGGCGCGACCGUGCAGAUGGCGUACCAUACGAUGGACGAACACGGUAUGAUCCAAGCCACGCAAAUGGACACGGGCAGGAUCCUGGACCUGUCGCCAUUGGAUCCGGCUGUCAUGUCUCCGUGGGAAUGCAUCGUCGUACAGUGGGAGAACGAGGACACGCCGUGUCGAGUGAGUCCGUGGGAGCUCGAGUCGGAUCAGACCCACUUUGCCCCGCCGACGAUUCCGGAACGGCCGGCGCUGCUGCAAGGACUCAUGUCCAUCCGGCAACUGUCGGUGGCCGCGGGGUUCAACGAGCCCGUGCCGACGUCGACGCCGGACUACCACAUUACGAUCGCAAACCCGAUGGACUUGAGUUUGAUCUGCCAGCGCGUCGAGUCGAGUUAUUAUCGACACGUCGACGCCUUGCUCGCCGACGUCAAGCUCAUGGUGCGCAACUGCGAAACGUACAACGUCGAGAGCAGCCUCAUUGCUCAAAACGCGCGCAGUGUGCUCACCAAUACAAUGACGCUGCUGCAUCAGUUGUUUCCGUCGCAUGCGUGGCUGCCAGACCUGACAUACGACGACGAGCCCGUGGUCGAGGCUGGGCGCGUCGAGUUGCCGGCUGCGGUGGCCACCACCGCCACAAACCACAACAUUCAACCUCCAGCUCGCCACCGCCCCCUAAAGCGCGCGUUGGAAACCCACCACAACGCCAGCAAACGCAGCACUGCGGAACGGGACCAACGUCUGAUGCAAACCAUGCGGCUGCCCGUUGCCCAACGAGAAGCGUUUCAACAAGCUGUGGCCAAAGGCAAACUCGUCGAAUGCCUGAUCCAAGUGCACACCCACGCCCAAGCCGAAGACGCGUACUUGAUCUUUGCCCACCCUGUCACAGACGACAUUGCCCCAGGGUACUCUGCCAUAAUCCCCCAGCCCAUGGACUUUGCCACCAUGAAAGCCAAGAUUCCGCAGUAUCCGUCGCUGUCGGCGUAUUACGAUGACUACAUGCUUGUGGUGGACAAUGCUAUGACGUACAAUCAGCCGGGGACGUUGGUGUUUACCGAAGCCAAGCGCAUGAAAACCGUGCUCUCCAAAUGCUUUGGGCGAGUUUUGGGGGGCCAAAAGGGCAAAGCCAAGGCCAAAGCGCGAAAAUACGACAGCGACGACGACGACUCGGCCGAAUCCAGCGACAGCAGCGACGCCCUGAGCGAUGUUGAAGGGGAAGACGACGAUGUAGAAAAGAGCGCGUCGUCGUCCAGCGAGAGCGAAGAAGCUGACGAGGACGAUGAGGACUCCUUUGGUGCGGGACAGCGACGGAAAUGAAAUCCAACGUUGACGGUGUAAAGACGCACUCGAUUGAGUCCAUAACUAUGUACUGUAGUUAACAACCACCCCAUAAACCCUGACAAAAGUAUAUUUAGAGUGUUGUGAUGAUCGGGAGUAAUAACAUUAAUUAAUAAAGCGUCGAGAGGGAUCUUCA